AUGACACAGGAGGAUCAGCAGAAUAAAGCCAAGGACCUCAGGCACCUCCUCAGUCGAGAGGCGCUUCGGCGGCGGCCGUCGCCAAUCAAAACGACGAUGGCGUACUUUGGGGAGGCGGGAAUGGUGUUUUUAGGAGCGGGAAUGCCGCCCGCAGAGCUCUUUCCUAUCAGCGCAGUCAGCGUGGAGGUGCCUGUGCCAGGAGAGGACGGACAGACAUUAGUGGGACGCAUUCCGAAGGGAGCGGGGGAGCGGGAGUUUGCCCGGGACGUGCCGUUAUCGCGGGCAUUGCAGUACGGCAACUCGCGGGGGCAGAGCGAGCUCGUGGAAUUCUUGCGACAGCACACGGAGAAGUUCCACAAGCUCCGUUACGCGGACUGGGACGUGCUCGUGACGGCGGGGUCCACGCAGGCGUGGGACGCGACUAUGCGCUUGUUCUGCAACGAGGGCGACUCGGUGGUCAUGGAGGCGUUCACAUACUCGUCGUCGGUGGAGGCAGCGGAGGCGCAGGGGCUCUACUGUGUAGGGAUGGAGGUGGACAGCGAAGGCAUUGUUCCAGAGCGGCUCGCGGAGCUCUUGGCGGAGUGGGACACACAGCACGCGGGCCACGCGCGGCCGCGCGUGCUCUAUACGAUCCCCACGGGGCAGAACCCGAUGGGCAGCACGCUCGUGGACGCGCGGAAGGCGCAGAUCUACCGCCUUGCGCAGCAAUACGACAUGUUGAUUGUUGAGGACGACCCGUACUACUUUUUGCAAAUGGAUGCCUACGACGCCGCAGGCCCGCGCGGCAUAGAGGCCUACGAGGGCGCGCGUGCGGCGUUGCGCGCAGACCACGCGCGUUUCGCCUCGAGCCUCUCCCGCUCCUUCCUUGACUGGGACACCGACGGGCGCGUUGUGCGCUUGGAGUCCACUUCCAAGGUCUUUGCUCCGGGCUGUCGCACUGGCUGGAUCGUCGGUGCCCGCGCAUUGCUCGACCAGUACUGGUAUCUCCAGGAGGUGUCCGUGCAGUCCACCUGCGGCUUUGCACAAGCCAUUCUCAGCGGUAUGUUGAACCGCUGGGGCCAGGACCGCUACACCAACUGGCUCAUCGAUCUCCGGCUCGAGUACACGGCCCGCCGUGACCACUGCCUAGACUGUUGUCAUAAGUACCUUCCAGAUUUUGUGCACGUCGAGCCGCCACAGGCGGGCAUGUUCUUCAUGCUUGUCCUAGAUGCCGCGCUUCACCCUGGAUUUGCCUCUGACUUCUCGUCCUCGCCUCAGCGUCUCGAGACUCAUCUCUACGACACCUUCAUCAAGAACGGAGUGCUUUUGGCCUGUGGCUCCUGGUUUGCUGUCAACCGCAGCCCCUCCAAGGGCACGUCUAUUUACUUCCGUGGCACAUACGCUGCAGUCGAUCCCGCCUCCAUGGAGGCGGGCAUCAAGUGUAUUGCCCAGACACUACUCAAGGAGUUUGGACACUGUGCCACCUCUUGUUCGUAUUAUACGUACGAGCAGCGCAUUCCUGCACGCAUUUCUAGCUACGUAUCUAACGGUCUUGACUAG